UGCACAAUAGGAGGGCCGUAUCAGAGGAAGUGCUCCAAGCAGGAAUUUCACCCCGCCUCCAGAGCUAGUAAUAAAGUGGGUUGGGUUGUGUUUAUGCAACUUAUCCAGUCUUGUCCAGAUCCACUGCCACAGCAGUAGCUAUUGAAACUUGUGAAGUCAUGUCGGCGGCUCUGAUGCAAGAUGAGGUGUUUAGGGCUUUCAGCACUUACGCGCUCAUUGUUAUCCUGAAGAUGAUGAUGAUGUCGCUUGUUACAGCAUAUUACCGCAUAACCAGAGGGGCCUUUGCCAAUGAGGAAGACGUAGGUCAUGGGUCUACAGAGGAAAAGAAGAAGAAGAUGCUGAGAACCGUUCCAGAAGUAGAGCGAGUUCGAAGAUGUCACCUGAAUGACUUGGAGAACGUCGUUCCCUUCGUGCUGGUCGGAUUGUUCUACGCUUUGAGCGGACCGGAACUCUCGUCUGCUCUGCUACACUUCCGCGUAUUCGCCGGCGCUCGGAUCUUCCACACCUUCUCCUACCUCGGCCAUUUCCCACAACCCUGCAGGGGUCUGUCUUUCUUCCUGGGCCUUCUGGUCACCCUCUCCAUGGCGUACAACGUUCUCAGUAAUGUUUUUGCUAUCUGAUGAUGACGGCAGCAGACCAACAAGACCACUCAGCUUAGUGCUUCACUCUCAGGUUAAAUUUGCUUUGUUGUUCAAGGUUUUGAACAUGAUUUGUAAUAAUUAUUCAUGAAACACAGUUGUUCUGUAAAUGACAAAUACAAUACAUUUUGUACCGCCUGUUAUGAGACAUGAAUACUUUAAGCAAUAUUUUGGUAAAAAACAAACAAACAGAACAUAUACAAUACCCUGGCUCAGGGGUCGGCAACCCAAAAUGUUGAAAGAGCCACAAUGGACCAAAAAUACAAAAGAGUAAUCUGUCCGCAGCCAUAUAUAUAAGUCUUAUAAUGAAGGUAACACAUGACAUAAGUGUCUAUAUUAGCUAUAACAGCCUACUAUCAAAAUAACUAUGUGUCGCAGGCUGAAGCAAAUCUGCGUUGACAGAAAUGCUGCAAUGUAAUAUUUAUUCUACACAUUUUUACAACAUUAGGAACCAUUAGUAAAUCAGAGGCUACUCAGAAGGUGAGAUAACUCCUGGAAAUGACUGGCUUUUAAUGGCCGAAGGUGUAGAUGUGUGUGUCCAAUUUAAAGGAAACAGCAGGCUUCUUUUAAUAGACUUAUUACAAUCUUUGGCAAGCUAGGUAAUGUUUGCUGUGGUCUGGAACAACAUGGCACACAACUAUCAGAAACGCAGCCAAUAUUACGUACAGAUAAUGUGUCAUGAGACAUGCAAAACUAAAUUAUAUAUGAAGAGGAUAACAUUAAAGGAUAUGAAAUGAGCUCAAAUAUACCUACAAAUGAGGCAUAAUGAUGCCAUAUGUACAUACAGCUAGCCUAAUAGCAUGUUAGCAUUGAUUAGCUUGCUGUCAUGCACUGACCAAAUAUGGCUGAGUAGCACUCCAACAAGUCAAUACCAUCAACAAAGCGCACCUUUGUGCAUUCACGCACAGCAUAAAACUUUUGGUGGACAAAAUGAGACAAAGACGGAGUGGAAGAUUUUACAUGUAAAAAAACUGUUGCAUCACAGUCCACACUAUGGUGAGUUCAAGAACCGCAACAACAACAAUUGGGAAGGUUUGUGUCAUGUUUGUCCUCAAACAAAAAACAUACUAAAACAAAAAAAUCAUUUUCCCCCCAUUUUUUCCAUUUUCAAUCCUUUUUAAAAAAAUGCUCCAUGGAGCUGCAAGGAGUUGCUGACCCCCGCCCUAGUUUGUUAUACUGUUGUAAAGAUAAUCAGCCUCUCAUCAUCCGCUUACAAUGUUGGGCUUGAUUCAAACCCAUUUUAAAACCCUUUGUGACUGAUAGGAAGUACUUUGAAGUGACUGUCAUGUGACAGUCAUGUGACUCCCAGGACAUGAUUUCCCCAAAAUGUCAGUCUGACAGGUAAGCUCGCUUAUUUCCAACAGCUUAUUUUUUGCCAUUAAAGGUAAUUUUAAAGCCAUUUAAAAACACCAAUGCUUCAAUAGGAUGUCAAAUAUUACAAUGCAAUGGUUCAUACUAUAUUUCUGCAAUGAAUUCAUACAAAAACAAGCGAGAAAAAAAUAAUGCUAUCAGGCUUUUAGCCUUAAAAUGGCUAUGGAAAGCCAGACAAGCAAAAAUGCUAAUAUGCCACUCAAGCCGCUUUUAAAAGGGCUAAUUAUAAUUUUUAUGCAAAUACCAACUUUCCAAAGUGUUUAAAGCAAUACAUACACGUACGUAACGUAACACAUGCACCACUUUAGCUUUGUGUGCUGUUUGCUAAUGAUAGCAAAGUUGGUUUGUUGAAGUUUAUAUCGAACAUGUAUACAAUUUCAGCAUGAUACAUCACAUUUUCAAAUUUU